CGCCGCAGCCCGCAGGUGGCAGCACGCUGAACACCGCAGCCGACCGGCCUGGCCGCGGGCUGCUCCGGCCUCCUCCUUUCCCACUGCUCGCCCCUUCUUGGGUUCGGCCGCCGCCGCACGUCCUCCUCGGCUCAGGCCGCGCUCCGUCGUCCGCCUCUCCUCUCGCCUCCUCAGGGUCCGGACGCUGCACGGGCAGGGAAGGCACGCCGCACGCGGGCACGCGGCCGACCGCAGGAGUGCCGCCCACGCCGCCAGACUCGGCGGCCAGGAGUCACGGCCGCAGGUGGCGCUCGCUGCUUCCCAUCAUCGCCCGACGGGAACGGACCCUCUCCUCCCUUGCUCUUCCUUCCCUGGCAGCGACGAUUGGGCGAGCGGCGGCGCCAUUUGUUCUGUCUUCGCCCAGCCCUUUGCCGGCGCCGAGCGCAUCCUCCAGAAUGUUUUGCUUGAGGAACUAUUGGUCGCCUGCAUUUGCCUUAGUACGGGAAGGGCUUGCUGUUCGAUAUCCUAGGGAAGGAGCUACUGUUGGACAUUCUCCAAAGUUCAAGUCUGUAGUGGUUUGCGGUGCUAGGGGUCCAAGACCGAGAUAUCCCCGUGUGUGGAAAACUCAGAAGAAAAUUGGGACUAUUUCCAAGUCACAGAAGCUUGUCGAAUGUAUUAAAGGUCUGUCUAAUGUAAAGGAGGAAGUUUACGGCGCACUUGACUCAUUUGUUGCAUGGGAACUGGAGUUUCCCUUGAUAGUAGUAAAGAAGGCACUGAAGACACUUGAGGAUGAAAAGGAAUGGAAACGAAUAAUUCAGGUUAUUAAAUGGAUGUUCAACAAAGGUCCAGGGAAGACAAUGGGAAGCUAUUACACCUUGUUGAAUGCUUUGAUCGAGGAUGGACGGAUGGAGGAAGCAGAAGAAUUAUUUGGAAUGAUAUUCUCACGAUAUAUGGAGGGUUUGCCUCGUACAUUUUUCAUGAGAAUGAUUUCUUUGUAUUACAGUUUGGGAGCAUACGAUAAGAUGUUUGAGGCUUUUGCUGAUAUGGAGGAACUAGGUGUUAGACCUGAUGGUUCAAUUGUCCGGGUGCUAGGUGAUGCAUUUCAGAAGUUAGAGAUGAUGGACAAAUAUGAAAAGUUAAAGAAGAAAUACCCGCCACCAAAAUGGGAAUAUCGAUACAUUAAAGGCAAGCGCAUCAGGAUGAGGGUUUACCCUGAUAGUAAAACCGAAGAGGCGACAAAAGGAGACCCUGGCACAGAUGAACUGCAAGAGGCAGAAAUUAUACACCUUGAUAGUGAAUUGGAAGAAGAAGCAAGCUGUGGCCUCGACAGGAAUGUAUUGGAUGAUGCACCUUCUGGAGACCUUGAAUAUGUAUAGAUCAGAGCUUCCGUUGGUAUUUUUGCGCCUGCUUAAUCAAAGCAGGCAAGAGCAACGAACUGGUGAGAAUGUACUCACUCAAUUUGUUUCGAUCUGUAUUGUCAUACUCUAAAUCAUGGGUGUCAGUGUCUUCAAAUCUUUUUAGACUGACUAUGUGAAACCUUAUGUCUAGUUUGACUGCAACAGUGCUCUUCAGAGUUUGGUUAAUAAAUUUACCUGAUUUGCUUUCA